AUGUACAAGGUCAGGGCCGUCUUCGACUACUCGUCGCCCCACGAUGACGACCUGAGCUUCACCACCGGCCAGAUCAUCACCGUCACCGAGGAGGAGGACGCCGACUGGUAUGUGGGCGAGUACACCGAUGACAAUGGCACCAAGCACGAUGGCCUCUUCCCGCGCAACUUCGUCGAGCGCUACGAGCCGCAACCACCGCCGCGGCCCAACCGGGCAUCGCGACACCAGCCAUUGGAGCAGCCCAUCGAGGAGGCAGCACCGCCCACGCCUGUGGCCCCGCAGCAGCAGCCUGCGCCGGUGCAGCUCGAAGAGCCGGAAGCACCCAAGCCUCAGCCGCCGCCGCCGCCGCCGCCGCUGCUGGUCCCUCCCCCGGCAGCUGGACCCGAGCCGUCGUCGGUCUUGUCGCCUACCUCUCCUCGCUCUGCGCAGAGCGUCAAGUCUCCCGAGGACACGCAGCCACUGGCCGAAGCCCCAAAGGCCGCAGCACCUGCGAAGAAGCCGCCCCCGCCAGUUGCCGCCAAGUCGAAUGCCUUCCGCGACCGCAUCGCCGCCUUCAACCAGCCCGCCGCAGCGCCCAUCCAGCCCUUCAAGUCUCCCGCCCCACCUCCGACCUUCGUCAAGAAGCCCUUCGUGGCCCCUCCGCCGAGCCGCAAUGCCUACGUCCCCCCUCCCAAAGAGGCCCCACAGGUCAAGACAUACAGGCGUGAGGAGGACCCUGAGAUCGCCGACCGCCAGGCACAGGAUCAGGAGGCGGCUGAGAAGUCUGGUCUGACAGGCAGCAAUACCCAGGCGAACGAGGCCGAGGAGGAGGGCCCCAAGCUCAGCUUGAAGGAACGAAUUGCGCUUCUGCAGAAGCAGCAGCAAGAGCAGGCAGAGAGAGCUGCCGCGGCUAUGCACAAGGAGAAGCCGAAGAGACCGGUACAGAAGAAGAGGCUAGAGUCCCACGAAGGCCCCGCGGAGGACAGCGAAGACACCGAGCUCGAGAAGGUCGUCACUGCAGGCUCCACCACGCGUGCGUCCACCGACCACGCUCGCCCUCCACGUCCGUCGCACGACAUCAAGUCACCCGAUUCGCAGCACUACGAUCGUGAGCUGCUCAGCGAUGCCAACGAUGCCGACCAGUCCGGCGCCGGCGAGACCGAGGACCAAGAUGGCGACUCGACUAGCGUUGAGGGCGACGAGAAGCGAACAGUCGGUCACCAGCCACCGCUGCCGUCGAGAGCACCUGCUGCGCCCACACGAGAGCCAGAUGUCGGCGAUGAGCAGGAUGUUGCAGAGGAAGACGAAGAGGAGGAGGGAGAAGAGGACGAGAUGGACGCCGAGACUAGGCGCAAGCUGGAGUUGCGAGAGCGCAUGGCCAAGAUGAGCGGCGGCAUGGGCAUGCCUGGCAUGUUCGGUGGCAUCCCUAUGGGUGGUCUCCCGCCAAAGAAGAAGAAGCCGACUGGCGACAAGAAGGUCGAGGAGAGCGAGGAGCCUCACGUACCGCAGCAGCGAGUUGCCAUGUUCCCUAUGCCAGGCAUGCCUGUCAGAAGAAGUCCAGAGCAGGAGAACAAGCAGCUGGCUGUUGAGAAGGAGGACGAAGCGUAUCACCCUGUGACGGGCACGCACCCGGCAGAUGAGGUACCAGACGUCGAGGACGUGACGCCGCAGCCCAUCUCGAGAACACCGACAGGCGAGAGCGCACCUCCCGUCCCGCAAGACAGUAAGCAUAUCAUUCCUCGUAAACCCAUCAACUCCAGCGCCCGCCUACUACUCGAUCACCUUCAGUUGCCAUCCUCGGAAACUGUGUCAAAGACCUACAUGGCUUUUGAUGGGGUUUCGGAGUAUGUCAUGACUGUCAGCGUGCUCAAACGGCCUGCUCCUCCGCCAGUGCUCACAGCUGACCGCUCAGCGCCGCCAGUGCCUGCUGCUUCUCGACCUCUUCCACCGCCUGUACCACCCAUCGCCUCUCCAGGCCCGGGAUCUGAGUCUGGUGAUGAGCUAACGGAUGCUGGUGCUCACACACUAUCACCAAGAAGCCCUCCUCCUCCAUUCCCACCACCUUCGAAGCGUGCCUCCUACUUUAGUGGAGAGGAGCCCACCCCAGACUCGCCUGGUCGACGUGUGCCUCCCAUCCCUCUGGCAAGCCCUACCUCGCCAUCAUCUGCUCGUUUACCUCCGCCCCCGCCUCCUACAGCCGCGCCUCCUGCUCACCGCGCAGAGCUGCCAGUCAGAAAACUCGAUCACGAGACGGAUUAUGAAGGCGACUACGACACAGAUAUCGCCUCCGGAGACACCCACAAGGAUGCUCUCAAGUCACAUGCCCGCGAAGCAAGCUUAGAUGCAAGCACAAUUGGUGGGUCUCCUGUGAUUCCACACGGCAUCCCACCGCUGCCUCCAACAGCUCCUCGCGCUGUACCGCCACCUCUUCCGCAGCAGCCCCCAAGUCGACCAUCCAUGGACGCUCCCCGUGGCGCGCCCCCUCUCCCGCCUGUUCCACCACCCACACGUGCUCAAGAAGAGGACGAUGAUGAGUAUGAUCCAUACAAGUACACCUCCCCUUCUGUGGCCUCACCACCUACCGGAGCGCCUCCUGUUCCAAGAGGCAUGCCGCCUCCACCUCAGGCCCAGCCGCCUCCACCUCAAAGUCGUCCGCCGCCACCAAUGCCGCCAGUGGCUCCUCCGGUCCCACACUACCAGCAGGCCGAGUCAUCAGAGGAUGAUGACCUGUACUCGGCUCCUCCCAACAGGAAAUCUCACGAUAGACCUCCACCGCCGCCUCCUCAGGCUCCACCUCACCAGCAUGCACCACCGCCGCUACCCCAAGAUCGAGCACCGCCGCCACCUCCACCGCAGGCCCCGCCGCCACCGCAUGCUCCACCUCCACCACAAGCGCCGCCUCCGCAAGAGCGUGCCCCUUUCUCGCCGCCACAAGCUGAGUCUCAGCCUCGACCGUCUAUGGGUGCAAGAAAGUCGCUCGACGCCAGCCGAACACUGCAAAGCCGCGUGUCUAUGGACCAGCAACGUCCCCAAAUCAAUCAAGACUUCAUGGCUAGCGACAUCGACCUGGGUGCUUCGAGUCAUUGGUGGACACAGUCGAAGAGGCUGCCACCCUCGCUACAGGCCCGUAAAGAUGUGCUCGUGGACCUGCAAGAGUCACAGUCAGGCAACGUAGGUGAAAAGCUCGUCUCGGUGCUGUUCAUGGACUACUCGCAGACCAUCAUCUCCGCCCGCUUCGACAGCAACAACGUGUCCGAUGUCGAGCUGGAGCAGCGUCAAGAGCCACCUCCACCUCGUCUGCGCCCUGACCAGCUGGAGAGUGCAUACGAACAGUUCGGCCGCAAGAUUGCCAAAGACGCCGAGUCGAAACAGGGCAGCGUGGUCGGUAAUGGCACACCCUACGGCUUCAUCGACGAGCUCUUGAAGCUACACAAGGACGCCCUCGCCCCUGUCUCAACCCGCGCCUACGGUGCCCUCGUGUACGCCAACCUCGCCAACGCAUCCACACAGUCCUACGACGAGAUCCGCCCCGGUGACAUCAUCACCUUCCGCAACGCAAAGUUCCAGGGCAAAGCGGGCGCGAUGCACGCCAAGUACGCCGUGGACGUAGGCAAGCCUGACCACGUCGGUGUGGUCGUUGAGUGGGACGGCAGCAAGAAGAAGGUACGCGUGUGGGAGCAAGGAAGAGAGCAUAAGAAGGUCAAGCCUGAGAGUUUCAGGAUGGGUGAUUUGAGGUCGGGUGAGGUACGCGUCUGGCGCGUGAUGAGCAAGAGUUGGGUUGGAUGGAAUUGAGGUGUCAGAAUGGGGGAGAAUAGGGUGUAAUUAGUAGUGGCAGUAGUUUGUAUAGGGUGUAUUUGCAUCGGCAUUGAUCAAUCUUC